UGACAUUUGAACGAGGUGGGGUGGCAGCCGACAAGUUUUCCUUUGGUUUUGUGCAGUGCGGUUUCUCGUUUUUCCAGUUCCAACCGCGUUUCGCAUAUAAUUUUCGUAUUAGAAAAUAUCUUGCGAGAAAUACGCGAGUUUCGUUCUUACCGUGAAAGCCCAUUGGAAACUUUGUUAUUUGGGUUUCGAGAUCCUGCGACCGGAGGUUCUCGCGACAACGUCACAUUACGGUCCCGUCCCAUCCGUCAGAUGAUCCCCAUUUUUGGUUUCUCGACAAUUCGCAUUUCGUCUGCUUGGAUGCCUCGUAUGGCAUUUUGCGUGUGAUUCGUGCGCUCCAACGGCAGCCGGAUCGACGUGAAAAUUGUGUUGAUGUGCUCCCCGAAAGUAACUGUUUAGUGAAGGUCUCGGUAGAGAUUUCGGAAGUAGGAACGGCGCGGGGCCAGCGGGGUCUGCAGUGCAAGUGACUCGGUAUGUGCAAAUUCCUGAAUUUGUGGGGAAAAAAGAAAUAGAAAAUGAACUGGAUUUGGGUGGUCGCUGGUGAUCUGGUGGAGCUGCUGGCCGUCGAGUUCGGUUCCGCUGUGGCUGCGCUUGGUGCUCGCGAGGUGCAGUGAAAAUAACACAAACAAAUUGCCACGACGAAAACUGCCUUUGUGGCCUCCGCAGGUUGCGUUUUGGGCACUUGAGAUGGCUGCACGGCCAUUCGCUCAGACGAAAAGAAAGUUGUGGUUUUUCGGCCGGGCCCGCGUUCUAUGAUUUCAUUCCUGUUUGUCGUGAGGUCAUUGGGAUGCACUUGCCACUGGACUUUGCAAUGUUCGCUUCGCAGUAGGCAGCAAACAAUUUUAAUUACAAAUAAGUUCUAAGUAGUAAACUAAUUAGCAAAAAUGGCUUCGGGUGACCUAUCACUAACUAGCAAUAGUAGUCAGGAAGAGAGUUCCGAUUACGUUGGCUAUACGACAGAGCGGACUAUACGGCCCUCAUCCAACAGCAGUGGCAGCACAACUGCAAAUAUUAACAAUAAUAAUCCUAGUAAAAAAUGUGACAUAAUUAAACAGCAAUUUGACCAGGCUAUGAUGGAGUUAGGCGAUUUGCGAAUGCAACAUAGCGAAACAAUGAGGAGCUACAAAGAAAUGCAGUCAGAGCUGCAGUUCUUCCGGGAGCAGUACAUGGCGGCGAUGAAGCAGCUGGAGUCGUCCGCCAAAGAACGUAGUAAAUAUGCUGAUUUGACAAACGAAAAUUCCCGUUUAACGCAACAAAAUGUUCACUUGGAACGUAAACUGCGUCGUUUCAUGGAAUCUGUUAAGAAACAGGAAAAGGAGAGUAUCGCUAACAGUCAACCAGGUUUUCAAUUGUAUGAUCAUUACUCCGAUUUGCCGCAUAAAGCGUGUGAAGGAGGGUGUAUUGAGAGUAGCAAAUAUUUAGAAGAGUUGAAAAUUUGCAAAAAGCUUUAUAAUGAUCUCAAUAAUGAGCACGGGGCGUUAUGUGCUGAAAAGGAUAAGCUUUUGGUUGAGCUAUCGGCGGCGUAUUCAGAGCUCGAGCGCGAGAAAAAAGUCUUUCGCGAAGCUCGCGAUCAAUUGAUCAUGCAGCAGGAGAAGGAAAUGAAGGAGAUUCAGGCUUUAUUGCUGGCACGCGGCAAUGAAGUGAUAAUGACGAAAAUGGACCGUAAUCGGGUUAAAGAAGAACUCGAUCAAAUACUAUCGGAAAAAGAUAAUGUCCUGCAGGAAAGCCAGAAGGUGAGUGAUGAUCUGGUUGCAGUGUGUAAAGAGCUCGAACAGAAAAAGAAAGAUGAAGCGAGGAUAAAGAAUGAGCUGAAGAUUUUACAGCAGAAUAAUUAUGAAUUGAAGCAGAAAGUAGAAAAGCUGGAAAAGAGAGAAUUGUUGAAGUCGCGAGAAAGUAACUGGAGUAAGGAGUUCUCUGAAGCUAAUGAGGAUUUCAAAGAAGUUGAGAAACUGAGAAAGGCUCUAGAAAAAGCGCGUGGUGAAGUAGACAAAGCUGUUCAAGAAACUGAAAUUGCGAAAAGUCGCCGUGAUUGGGCAAUUUCAGAACGAGAGAAAAUUGUCCAAGAACGGGAUUCGGUUAAGACACUCUGUGAUGAGUUGCGUAAAGAAAGAGAUAAGGCUAUAUCCGAUUGGUUGUCAGCUAUUCGAGACAGUGAAAAGAUUAAAAAGCAAAAGGAUGAAGCGUGCAAAGAAGUGGAUAUUCUGAAGGAUCAGUUGGAUUCGCAAAUGUCAAAUUCUAGACGUAGUUUCAGAUUCAGUGCCCCUCCAUCAGAUUUUGUGGACUUUUUUGAAGUAGAACUUACAAAUUAUCAUCAAAAUGAUGAUAUCGGAAUAGUUUUGGAUGAUUCAGGAAAUCGUCAGCUUAUUUGCGGGAUUACGAAUCAGUCUCCGGCUUUUGGCAAGCUCAAGAUUAACGAUGUAAUCGUAAAAGUGAACGAUAUGGAUUGCCAGGCGAUUUCAAAGCGAAUUGUGAUUGAUGCAAUUAGAUCUAAUGCUCCGCGGUGUACGCUUCUUAUUUGCCGCACGAAACAGAGCAAACGACAUAUGUACACCGUCCAUCUUAAUCUUCAAGAUAAUCCGAAUCAUGGCUUGAAUUUAGAAACUGGAGUAUUUAUUUCGAAGAUCCAGCAAAAUUCAUUGGCCAGUUUUGAACCGGAACUAGAUGUAGGUGAUAGAAUUCUAAGUAUUAAUAAUAAAUCGAUGGAAGGCGUGCAAUCCGCGAAAGAAGCAAUGAAUAUAUUGGAAGAUCAUAGACAAGAUGUUGUAACUAUUUAUGCGCUCAAAAAUAUCCAGGAUGUGAGUUAUGGAGAUGUGAAACGUCGGACAGCAAACACUUCGGCACAGACCGACUCUUGCGAUUCGGUUAAUAAGGUUUCUUCGACGAAACAAAUAUCGAAAAUAUCGGAAAUGAUCAAUAAAUUUCGAGAAAGAAUGCAUAUAACGAAAUCAGGAACGGAUGCAGAUAGUUUCAGUCAGGAAAAUGAUGCGUUAGCCGCCCUUGACUCAGUUCUUAGUGAAAAUUCAGAUAAAAGCAAAGAGAACUUAUUUAAACGCUCAAAACGAGGAAAAAAGGAAAAAGAUUCAAGUAAAAGUAUAGGAACGUGGCCUAGAGCAGCAAUUCUCAAUACAGUGCUAGACAAUCCAACGGGGACAAUUGGGCAACAUGUAAAAAAGCAACGCGCAGCACUCUCUCUAUUUACAGGACCAAUCAAUGUCGACAAGGAGGAACCUGAAAAUUACUUUAAAUCACCAUCCCCGCAAAUAUCACCUCAAAAACUUCAAACGCAUGGCAGCAACAGUAGUUCUGGUUCGUCAAAACAAAAUCCGAAUCGAAAUUCGAUACCGAUUCAAGCGAAUCUCUUCCAAUCGAAUCAACCCAAUUCCUAUCUACAACGGCAUUCGGUUUAUGCGACAACCAUGGAAACUGAACCGAUUCUCUUAGACCCUCCAAAUCAACCAAUUAGCGGAAACACGAGUAGUCGUAGUGGCCAAGUCAACCCGAAUUUACGUAUUAAGAUUCCGGAAAAUCGGAGUCGGUAUGCAACCAACAGCCGGCAUAAUCACAAUCAUUAUCAAAAUCGAUACAGCUUGAACUUGACACCGUCAGAUAACAGUCUUAUCUAUAAAACAUCCGGACAAACUGCACAACAACAGAUUUCUACUCAACAAAACUCUAUAGACUUCAUCCCGAAAAAAUCGCAACAGGACGCGAUACCAAGGCACUCAUUUACACCGACGAAUUUAGAAUUUAAAGGACACCACAGUAGCAGUAGCAAUCAACAGAACUCGUUAGAUGUAAUUUCGCUCAAAUCUCAAAAUUCGAUAGAUUCGUUUCUAUUGCCCAAGAGCCCUCAAAUUCAUGACUUUUCCGCGCCGUUUACGAAACGACCUGCUCCUAAUAAGAAUGUUUCCAAGUACCCGAGCGAUAGCGAGAGCAUCGGAAUGGAAAAUGUAAUGUCAAUGGGACAUAUUCACAUGUCCAAUUCUAGUAAUAUGCCCCCAACAUCGUUACUAUUUGCACCUAAUAUGACAACAACUUCGACAAAUCAUCGACAUGUUCCUCUGUUUCCAUCGUUUCCUGCGCACGUUCAUCCGCACCCACAUCGAAUGAGACACUCUAGUCCGCUAACUUUGCCAAUUUCCACACAUUCAAUUGAACAUCCUUCCGGCAUACCAGGCUCUGGGGGUGUAAAUUCCGUGGAUAAAUUCGAUUCAGAUUAUUUGCCGUCAUCGCAUCAUGCUUACAACGUUUCUGCCGAGUAUCCAUAUCAUAGAAGUCGCAUGGCGCCAACUCGGGAUCACGAUGAUCCACCAACAAGUUACUAUAAUGUCUACGAGGGUGGAACAUUCCCCCGUAAAAAAGAGCAUAGAUUUCGAAUUCCAUCAAAUCCGAGCGUAACUAGUAAGGGAAGCGGUGUAAAAAACAGCACUGGGUCUAUUGAGCAUCAUGGCAGUGAGCGUGGUUCCCCGAUGCCUCCUGUGCAUGUCGAAAUUCUCAGCCACGGGGCCAACAAGCGAAAUUCAAAUGUUCCCGAUUUUUUAUGCCCCGGUGACCUGAGGCGCGUGACCAUCGAUAAAAGUGAUAAGCCAUUAGGGAUAACGAUACAGUGUAACAACAAUGGUGGUGGUAUUUUUGUUUCAUCGGUUACGGAGAAAAGUAUAGCGAGUAGAGCUGGACUUCAAGUUGGUGACCAACUACUAGAAGUUUGUGGCAUUAAUAUGAGAUCAGCAACGAAGGAUAUUGCGGCAAAUGUACUGCGACAAUGUGGUAAUUCGAUUACAAUGCUUGUCCAGUAUAAUCCUGAGAAAUAUGACGGUCACAAUCUAGAACCGGAAAGUGUUACACACUCCGGAUCACCUACACCUCGCAACUCGCCUCGAGCUCCACGAUCUUUAGUCGUUCCCACCACUACCUCGGCACCUUCACCAGUCAUCAGUUCUGCGACUCCAAAAUCUUCAGUGAUGUCAGGUCAGAUAAAAAGUCAACAGUUUUCGGAUAGUCUGGAGAAUCAAUCUGACUCUAGUCAGCACUGUUCUGCUGAUAGCAUAUUCGAGGAAGAAGCACGAAUUAUAACGUUACACGUAGAUAAGGGAAAAAACUUAAAUAUUAAAUUAAUAGGAGGUAAUCAAGUAGGCAUUUUUGUACACGAUGUUCAACGUGACUCGCCCGCUGAGCUAGCGGGGAUUCGAAAAGGCGAUCAAAUCUUAGAAUAUAACGGUGUAGAUUUACGGUGCGUUACCGCUGAACAGGCGGCUAAUGAGAUUGCACGUUUCACGGACACGGUGACUCUGUUGGUGCAAAAUAAUUUGCAAAAGCUUAAUCAGAUUCAGGACAAUGCAGGAGAUUCUUUUUAUAUUCGUGCUGGUUUCGAUAGAACGGGGGAGCUAGGUGAGGGUGAAUUAAGGUUUGUUAAGGAUGAAGUGUUGUACGUUGACAACACGAUUUUUCGUGGGGUGUUCGGACAAUGGCGAGCCUGGAAACUAGAUGCAUAUGGUCAUCGGAAGGAAUGUGGAAUUAUUCCCAGUCAGUCGAAGGUCGAAGAAGAGCUUCGUUUACUAGGUGACAUCGUUGAUUGCGACGGGGGUACAACCCGCCGUGGAAGUACAUCAGCCCGGCGAUCAUUUUUUAGACGGAAAAAACAUCAUCGGAGUUCCUCGCGUGAUUCGAAGGAACUAGCCAGCUUUAGUAAUACCCAAUUGAGUUAUUUCUCAGAUUCAGGAAUGCUGAGUGAUGAAGGAUCAAUUUUAAGUUAUCAACGAGUUGAAAGACUGGAUCAUCCGGUAUGUCGUCCAGUCUUGGUGCUCGGUCCUUUAUCGGAAUGCGUUACGGAUCGACUAACAAUCGAUUUUCCACAAUUAUUUCAACAUUGCAUAAUGACAGAAAUGAAUUGCUCACAAGAAGCGAUGGAAGAAGGACUUCAGAAAAAUAUUUUUGUUGAUUAUCGACGAAAGAAUAAUAUUUUCGAGUGUACAACAGUUCAAUCGAUACGGAAUAUAUGUGAGAAUAAUCGCCACUGUAUUCUGGAUGUUUGUAUAUCAGCUGUUGAACGGCUCCAGCGUCUAAAAAUUUACCCAAUCGUAUUAUUGCUACGAUUUAAAUCAGCGAAACAAAUAAAGGAAAUCAAAGAUUCUCGCUAUCCAACCGAUAAAAUAUCAGCUAAAUCAGCAAAGGAGAUGUACGAAAGAGCAUCGAAACUAGAAUCGGAUUAUAAACAAUAUAUUUCGGCUGUUAUUCCGGCCGGUGUAAAUAUCACGCAUAUGAGCACACAAAUUAAAGCAUCUGUAGUGGAGGAGCAGUCUCGCGUCUUAUGGGUUCCUGUUUCGAAUUCCUAAAGCAAAUCACAUACAUGAAUAGCGCUCACAUUAUAUACGGAAAUUAUUAACAUAAAUGAUAUUUUUUAAUUGCUUUAUUAUUUACUAGAUGACUAUCGUUUUUUUAAUGCACACAUAGACUUUUGAAUUUUUUCUUAUUUACACAUACAGCAUGUAAAAAUAUACAUCAAUAUUAUUAAUAGCACUUCAUAUGAU